AUGGGAGAUGACCACAGCUGCAAACCACCGCCUCCAACUCACAAGAAGAAGAAAAAGAAAAAGAAGAGCCGAAAAUCUGACUCAACGUCACCGAAAGACGCAGACAAACCCGAGCCCCCGGUGUUACUCUCCAUCACCCCACCGCAGCCCCCCCUGCCCAAACUCAAGGCUUCCCCCAAAAAGGACUCAAAGAAGGGAAGCCGAAAGAGCAAGAAGCCGCUCCUCCUGGCUCCCGGUUCUUCCGUGGAGAGCUUCCUGUCCCGGCUGAGCGGAGAGGCCAGAGAGACGGUCCGUUGGGAGGGGGCUCUGGAGGACCCCGAGAUGGAGGAGCAGAGGCUGGAGGUGUACAAGGCCAACCGGAGAGAGCGCUACGUCCAGGAGAGGGAGGGCAAAUACAAGGCGUGA